UGGAGCUUUAAAGAAUACAGGAAAACUGAAGAAAGUCACAGUGAUUUCUAACGUGAGUGAUGCUACGUGUUUGGAUCUACCAAUUUGUACUUUUGGCCUUCCACCUAAGCAACCCAACCACGCCGCUGGUUUCUACUUAAACGAUUCCUGGAGAUCAAAAAUUUGCCGUGCGAGGGAAUUCCAUCUACCCGUCACUCUGAAAUAUCUGAGCAAUAAAAGUCUUUACUUCUACGUUGACUCCACCAUACGGCAAUGGUUUGAGUAUCUGGCCACGAACCUCGGUAAAACUAUGAAGGAAGAGGCAAUACCCGGCGUCGGCAGUCCCAAUGUCGGUCCGAGGCGCGCACGGGACACCCAGCAUAACAUCACUAUGUUUUUCCGCUUUCAUGAGUACCCGAUAAGGAGCGGAUGGGUUAACGUCACGGACAUCAAGUUCACGGUCAGCGAGAUUGAUGGCUUGGAGGGCGGUGCGGACACGGUGGUAGCUUUCACCCUGUGGGCUCAUUUCAUCCCCACCAAUCUCACCUAUUACCGGUCCCGACUGGAGCACAUCAGGGACGCCCUUGCGCGGCUGCAGAAGCGAGGGACGGGCACCAGCCCCGUCUUCUUCAAGUCUGCCAACACGAGGAACUCCGUCUCCACAGAUACCAGCGAUCUGUACGCCUACGAUCUGGACCAGACGAUGAGGGCGGUGUUUGCCGACGUUCCUGACGUCACCGUCAUUGAUGUCUGGGAUAUGACUUUAAGCCACCGGAGCGGAUAUCGCCUUCAUCCUGUCAAAGAUGUCAUCAGGGAGGAAGUCAAGAUGUAUCUUAAUUUCCUUUGCGAGAUGCCUUCUGUUUAAUAACAACUAUUCUUGAUAUGCAGGUGGGAGGGGCUGUUUU